CACCCAGUUCUCCUCCACUACCAGAGCCUGCCCCAGCCUUGCCUUCUCUGAGACUACUCUGCGGGUACCGAGCAUUUGGGUCACUAGGGACUGUCAUAAAUACUUUCCCUUCCCCUGCUGGAAACAGGAGGCUCUGGCAGGCUGGAUCCGCUCUGGGGCCUGCGCCUUAUCUUUUGGUGGGUGGGAGGAUAUCUCAACAUUUUAUGGUCCAGGGAAAAACCUGCCAAAGAGCUAUUCUUCCAAGGCCUUUGUGUCUUGGAAUGCGACUGUCCCGAGUGUGCCGCCACCACCGCCUGCUCAGAGAGCCCACCAGCCAUGAAACCCCCUGGCUGGACUUGGUUUACCCUUUUGGGGUGGGGGUGUUCACUCGCCUUUUAUUUUUUUCAUUUGAUUAUUUUUUUCCUUUUACAUGUAUCUGGUUGAUUUCGCUCCCGGCGCCUGGAAAUAAAGGGACCGCAAGCAGCCAACCUCGCCGGGGCAUCUCUGCCCCUUGCCCCGAUUCCUGUAUCGCCCUCCUAGUGAUUAUUUUCGAUGCCCGCCCUCCUGAGCCUCCAGAGCUGCUGCCAGAGCUAGGGCCCAUCUCCCGCCGCCAUUCGCGAUUUAUUUACACCUCACAGUCCGGCCGGGAAAAAGCCAACAGAGCAAGCAAAACGCAGGCUUGGCCCGAAGGUGAGAAGUGGCAGGAAGGAGUUUCCAAAGAGAUGCACGGUGCAAAGGAACUGACGCGACCUACCCCCAUUCAGGCGCAUUUCUGGGCUCGGAACACCUCCGCGCACUCAGAUUCACCCUACGAAGCUCCCGCGACCGCCCGGCUGCGGUGCGCGCCCUAAGCUCCUCGCUCCUCUUACACUGCCGCUGGUUCCAACCGCCUAUUCCUCCGCCGCCCGCAGGACUUUGGGGUGGGACUCAGUGCUGCCAGCCGUUUGCCCCCUGGUUGGUAGCCCAUCCCUCUCACGCGCGCUCUACCUCUCCCUCCCAGCCGGUGAGAUCCUGUUCUCCGUGGGCCAUAGACAAAACAUUCCUAUAAUCCGAUUUCAAAGGAAAGAGUGUCCACCUUAUUUAAACCAUAAAACAAUUAAGCCCAGACGUCUAGCCAGCUCCGCGCUGCUGUUUUGUUCGGCCCCAUUCAGAAUCCAGCACAGGGAGACAAACAGCGCCAUAAAAGUGGCAUUUCGGGGUUGCGGAAAUGUACCUAUCCGCUGCCUUCCCAAGUGGAACAACCUUUAAGGUUUUGUGAUUCUGACAAAGGAGCAGAGGAUAGGUGGGAGGGGAAGAUUGGGGCAGGAGGGCGUUUGCUAACCCCUAACCUCCCCACGCCAGCUUUCGUUUCUCUCCCAGAUGUGUGUUGUGCUGAUGUGGUUUUAAUUCACAAAUUGUAAUAAAUAAAAAUU